GGCUCAUAGCGGAGGGGUGGAGUUAGCGAGGAAAUAGCUGAAUGAAGGACUAGCGUGGAGCAGCGACAUGACAGACUGAGAAACUGACGCAACUAGAACCAAAUUAAGAAGACUAAACGGUUCUGAAACCCAGCAUUUAGGCCGCAGGGCGGAAUCGAAGAAAUGGAUCUACAGGAUAAAGAAACUACGUGUGGAGAGAUUUUGCCUGUUGUGAUCAUCGGUAAUGGCCCCUCAGGCAUUUGCCUGUCCUACCUGCUGUCAGGUUACACCCCCUACCUGUCACCUGAGGGAUGGCACCCAAACCCACUGCUGCACAGUAAGCUGGCAGAGCAGCCUCACCUGUCACUACUGGAGCAGGAUUUGGAGUAUCUCUGCGAAGGACUGGAAGGGCGAUCGUCCAAUCCCGUGGCAGUGCUCUUUGAUUCGCUGCUGCUGCCAGACAGUGACUUCGGUCUGGACCACACUUCCCCCUUGGAAUGGCGAUACGAGCCAGAGCGUGCUAUUCCUCAUCUGGUCCUGGGAAAGGGCCCACCUGGAGGAGCGUGGCAUGCCAUGGAGGGCUCCAUGCUGACUCUCAGUUUGGCCAACUGGAUGGAGCUUCCUGGGCUCAAACUGAAGGACUGGAUGAGAGACAAACGCAGAAAUGUGAGAAAUGACCGUGCCACACCUGCAGAAAUAGCCUCCUACUACCAGCACUACGUAUCCCAGAUGUCCCUGGAGCAGAACUUUGCUUGUUCGACAACCGUUACCUCGGUAACCAGGGAGCCUGGUGAGCAGGAUGGGUCACCCUCCUGCUGGAGAGUGUCGGGACUGCAGCGGAGAGAGGGUGAAAUUCUAGGAGUUACAGAGGAGGUGCCUUUCUCCCUGUUGGCCCACAACGUGGUGCUGGCGACAGGAACGCACGACGUCCCGGCCCGGCUUGGCGUGGAGGGAGAGUCGCUGCCCUUUGUCAGCCACUCCUUCUGGGAGCUGGAGAUGGCCAUCUCUCGGGGCGAGCUGGACCAGUCCUCAGACCCGGUGUUGGUGGUGGGGGCUGGGCUUACGGCGGCCGAUGCGGUGCUUGCCGCUCAUCAUCUCAAUACGUCGGUGUACCAUGCUUUCAGGCGCUCGGUCGUCGACCCCGGGCUCAUCUUCAACCAGCUGCCCAAACUGCUCUACCCAGAGUACCACAAGGUCCAUCAGAUGAUGACACAGCAGCCGCAUCAAUCCACCCCUUCACUUGAACCGGCCCAGAACCUUCACUCCCGGCCUUCCUCCUCUUCAUACACCCCUCUCUCCUCCUCCAGCACCCCUUCAUCCUCCUCUUCCUCCUACCCCGGCUACCUGAGCUUUCCAUGCCACCGGGUCGCGGCCUUCCGGCCUGACCGGAAGUGCAUCCUUGAGUCAGACUCUGGCGAGCAGACCGUGGUCCAGGUCUCCAAGGCGCUGGUUCUGAUUGGCGCCCACCCCAACCUUUCCUUCCUUCGUGAUAAAGGCCGAUCGUUAGGCAUCAACCCAGAUGAAGCGAUAUCCUGCCGGAGAAACCCGAUAGACGUGGACCCCUUCACCAACAAGGUGCUUGCUGCGGACGGGCCGGGAAUGUACGCCAUGGGCCCUUUGGUGGGCGAGAACUUUGUCAGGUUCCUCAAAGGAGGAGCGCUGGCCAUCGUUGGUGAUCUCUCAAAGCAAUGGAGCUGGAGGAGGGGAGAGAAAGCCGUUACUGCAGACAGACGGGUGAGCUGUCGAAUAGAUGCAGAGGUUCUGGACUCGUAGCUAGAACCCUGGAGGGUUACGGAACUGAAGCAAACAGACCUACUCUGAUCGCAUCAAGAUUGGACAGGAAAUUCAGGGCGUUAAAGCAGCAACAGAACUUUUAAAGUGGAUCUUCCUGUUCUGCAUUUUAUGCAUGUUAAACGGAUCUUGAGCUUUUAUGUAAUAAUCAUGACAGUUUUCAUCCGAUUUAAAUGUAUCGGUUCUGUUGCUGAAAUCCAGUUUAAUAUUUAAACGGUCCAAAAGCCAAGUUUAGUGCCGACUGUACUUACAUCAACGUUGCACUGGAGCGACAAGCCGACCCAACUGGACCGGGGUGUCCAGGUUGUUCUGUGAGGAAAUGUGUUUAAACCACUAAUCUGUCAUAUAGUUUCUGUUUUUUAUAUCCUUUUUAUUGAGUUUGUAUUUUACCGUUUUUUGCUGCUUUUAUUUUACGUCUUAAUGAAGCUGGUUUCUAUUUAUUGGUUUAGUAAAGAAAAAUGAGUAAAAAAUAAAUUAUUCUUUUCUAAUUUCUCCCAGAGUCUUGGUCGCUUCAAGGUUUUAUUGCAUUAUCUUGUCCAACUUUGUGAAAUUAAACCACAAGAAGAAUUUCUUUUAAAAUAUAUUUUCAUAUAAACAUUAAGUUCUUGACAGUAAAUAUGUUUAGACUGUAUCUUUUUUUUUCAGAAAGUUUCUUCAGAUUAUUUAAACAUGUUUAAGCAGUAAGCCAUAUAAAGGUCCAUCUGCACAUAUAUUUAUAUCCAAAACAAGAUGUUUUCCUGAUGAUCAAAUGCUUAUUGUAAUUAAUCAUUAAAUGUAUUAAUCAGUUUCCAUUUGGGAUCUAUAUUCUGGUUUCUGUUAUCAUGUGACAUAAUGUAUAAGCUUUUAAAAACCACCAUUUCAACAUUAAACACUCAGUUUUAUGCAGAGUUCUGCAGAAAGUAAAACUGGUUUUAUAAUCACUAAACACAAGGAGAAUUUCCCAUAUUUAAUUUUUCAGUAUAAAAGAUCUUUGUAGAUUUGGGGGAUGCUGCAGUGGGUUCUGGGUGUAAAAGCUGACAUUAAAACGUGUUGACUGGAUUCAGUUUCAGAACCGUAUAACUUCUGCCUCACAUGAUCACAGAACCGGUGCAGAUAAAGCCGAGCCUCGUCUGUCUGAUGCAGCUUUUAUUCAUCAACAGGAAGGUUUGUUCCUGAAAGUAUUUCUCAUCUCUGUUCAUUUCUACAUGUUUCUAUUAAAGCUGAAAUUUAGCAGCAAACUUA